GCGAAAACUUCUCCGCCGUGAGGUAACGUUAAGAGCCACUGCAUCUGUCCUUCGCGUUACUCAGCGGCCGGUGGGGUGGGUAAGUGGCCAAAACUCUUUGGUUUGCCGUGAAAAUGGCCGAAAACGACCUUUAUGUUAUGUUUAUCCCUCACUUCGUUGGACUGAAUUGAAAUGGAGACUUUUUCUUCUGGUUUAAGCAAUCCUUCUGUACCGUUCUCAUGCACUAGUCCCCCUUUUGUUCGUAACUGAGCUUGUCCCAGCUUGAGAUGUUUUUAAGCAGUCAGUAAUCUGAGAAGAAACCUGUUGAAAUGCUCCAGACUGGACAGAGAGACGUUCAGAGGGUGUGCUGUGCAAACUGGGACACGCGCUCUUGUUUCCAUAGAAACGCACAAGACGCCUUGAUACUGCUGUGCCGCUCGCCGCUCCGAUCGUUCAUCAAGACUUCACAAAAACAGCAAGAUGGUAAGGAGGCAAGCGACAGCACGAAUCAGCGAAAUAAGCCAUUUUAUGACAACGUUUACUACCCAUACCCGUCAGAUCCCCCGGGAACCCAUUCUUCAGCAGGGACCCCAUCUCUGUUGAGCUCUCCUCAGAGUCAGCCCUCAUCCGGCAGCCUGAGCCGACCAGCCGCAUCCACCAUGUCCGGACCGCUUACGUCCUCCAGAGCCGCCGGCAUCCCCCCGACCAUCAAGUUCAGAGCCCGGCGUGAGAAUGUAGACUGGCGUCGGAUCAACGCCGUGGAUGUGGACCGGGUGGCUUCUGAAUUGGACUUCCACGCUCUACAGGAGCACAUCACAGAGGUGACGUUCUGCAGCGUGGAGGGCGAGCACUGCCAGCGCUGUCAGAGCCCCGUGGACCCGGCUCUGAUUAAGCUCUUCCGGCUGGCCCAGCUAACCGUGGAGUACCUGCUGCACUCCCAGGACUGCCUUAGCAUCAGCCUGCAGGCGGCCGAGGAGAGGCUUCAGGUGGAGGCAGGCGAGAGGGAGCAGCUCUGCGUCCAGCUGCAGAAAAAAACCCAGGAGGCCAAAAUGCUAAAGGAGGAACUGAAGCAGAGGAAGAAGAUCAUAGCCUCUCAGCAAGCCAUGUUUAGCACGGGGAUCGGUGCCAAUUACCACAAGUGCCAACACUGUGAGAAAGCCUUCAUGAAUGCCUCUUUCCUGCAAAGUCACAUGCAGCGCAGACAUCCGACGGAGUUUGACAUCAAACUGAUGACUGAUAAUCAGAAAAAAAUUCAGACCAUGAAGUUACAAGAGGAAAUCAACAAACUACAGGAGCAGUUGACCCUGGUCACGUCCCAAAUGGAGACACAGCAGAAAGACUGCACUGCUAAACAGGAGAAAGAGCUCAUUCAAAGCCAGGAAGAGUUUAAGAGACAACUGGAAAUAUGGAAAGAAGAAGAGAAAAUGCGGAUGAACGGCAAAAUAGAUGAAGUCAAGCAAGCCUGUCAGCGGGACAUGGAUUCAAUGCAUCAACAGAACAGAAACCUAGAAAAUGAGCUGCUAAAACUACAGCAGAAAAAUAUGCAGCAAAGUGUGCAGCCGGUACAGACACAGCCCAGUAUACCAGCCAGCAAUGAACACUGGCAGGAAGUUGUUAAACUUCAGCAAAAACUUCACAAACAAGAGGUGAAGUGGGCAGGGAAAACGCAAAAAAUAAAGGAGGAACAUGACAGUGAAAAAAGUCUGCUUCAGGAGGAGUUGUUCAAACUGCGCUCGGCCUUGUCAGAAGGGAGGGAGGAAUCACGACGACAGGUGCAGGAGCUCAGCCACAGGCUGCAGGAACAGCAGCAGAUUAUUACCUCCCAAAACAAGCAGAUGAAACAGAUCUCGUCAAAGCCGCCAGCAAUAACAGUACAGCGUGAAGUGGUUGCUGCUCCGGCUCCAGAGACUAAAGCUAAAGUGGUGCUCAGUGAUUCCUCUAGUAUCUCUGAAGGUCACACAGAGAGCCGGUCAUGGCAGCAGGAAGUGCAGGAGCUGUUGAAGAACCCGGGUUUAAGGAGAGACAUGCGUCUGGCAGCUCAGCAGAACCUUGAAGAUCGACUGCAGAGCUUAGGCAUCAAGGGAGUCAGUGGUCUCUCUGAAGUGGCGUUUAAGAGCACCAUGACCCAGGUUAUUACUGAUCGUCAGAAGAGACAGGAAGAGGAUCCAGCGUAUCGGAGGGCUCUGAAAGAAAUCAGCCAUAAACUGGAGCAGAGAGUGACGGAGAGGAACACGGAGCAGCCAGCCAAACCCAAACAACAUGAACAAGUGGUUCAGUCCAGACCCAGAUCCAGCAGUUUUCCAUCUACAGUAACUCGAGUGGUGUCAGGCCCUGCUCCUAAACAGCAGCACACCCCACAACCAACUCCACGCAGCAGAACCAGCACCCUGCCCAAGACCUCCACACCGCUACAGCAUCACAGGUACAGAAACAUUUACUCUGGUCUUCAUGAAAUGGUUCAGUCCAGACCCAGAUCCAGCAGUUUUCCAUCUACAGUAACUCGAGUGGUGUCAGGCCCUGCUCCUAAACAGCAGCACACCCCACAACCAACUCCACGCAGCAGAACCAGCACCCUGCCCAAGACCUCCACACCGCUACAGCAUCACAGGUACAGAAACAUUUACUCUGGUCUUCAUGAAAUGGUUCAGUCCAGACCCAGAUCCAGCAGUUUUCCAUCUACAGUAACUCGAGUGGUGUCAGGCCCUGCUCCUAAACAGCAGCACACCCCACAACCAACUCCACGCAGCAGAACCAGCACCCUGCCCAAGACCUCCACACCGCUACAGCAUCACAGAUAUACGGUUUUCAUCCGACCGAAGCACACGGACAGAAAGCGGCUGUCAUGUGAGUACUAA